AUGUUCUGCGCAGCGAGCGACGAUGGAAUCCAAGGACGCAGUCAGCACGGUAAUAGAGGAGAGUUUCCGCGGGAGAUCAACAACGCCAAAGUGUUCUGUAUUGGUGCUGCUGAUCCUCACGGACAGGUCUGGCCAGAAGUUACCGACCAGAAUGGGCUGAACUACCUAUUCCCAGGCGUAGAUAUCAAGGAUGUUUUUGAAGAUGACAGCCAUGAUUCCGAUACCAUAUCAGAGGCUUUGGGGUCUCAAAUCAGUGUUCUUGUCACUAGGAAUGGACGUACAGGCUCGUCGGUUGCCACGGCUCUUGCAGCUGGCCUCGCAGCGCUUCUUAUCCACUGCACCAAGUUGGGACACUACUAUACCAACGCAUGGAAAGGCCCCGAUACUCGCCGCAAAGAGACCAUCACGCAGCAAUUUGUCGAUCAGAUCGCAACUUACGAAGGCAUGCAAAAUGCUCUGGAUAACCUGAGUUCUGGUAGUCGAAGUGGGACGAAGUAUGCGAACCCAAGCAAGGACUUCGCGUGUGCAAUUCAGGAUCUGAGGCAGUAUGAUGUACAAGGUGGAGCAGCGAACAACUUGCCUCAGUCUCUGAAGCCUAUCGCAACUCUGUGUCGAAACUUAUGCAGGAUAUGA